UGCGUGUUCGAGCUUACGGUUAGCUCUGAGAAGAAGACCGCUGCUAAGCUUUGUUUAUUUCGAAGACGAAGGCUAAAUAUUUAUGUUUCCCGAAUCUCUUGUAGGUGUGCAAUUUGAAAUUUACCCCGACCAUGUGAGAUAACAAACCGCAGUAUGGAGGAAACGUGGGAUUUUGAAUUCGUCUCUCGGAUAGUUGACAGUCUGGUGUCGUUUCUGUCCGAGUUCGUGGACGACUGGCUGGCCAACGACAUGAGAGUGGCAGUGUUUAAAAUACUGUUCAGCUGGCUUAUCCUGAGCCUCAUAGCGAUCCACUUUGCGUGGAAAGUGUACGGGAACACCGUCAACGAUAUGUACUACAGACAGGGUACUGGAGGACAGAAUGGUGGAACCCCUGACACAGCCCCUCACAUGGGAGGAUGGGAGAGUGCAGCUGGGGAUAGAAUGAAAUCCCACCGUGAGUGAUGUACAGUGACUGUGCUGAGAGCACAAACUACCUUGAUACCCGUGAUGUGCUGUGUCUGUGACAGACUGUGGUACUUGAGGCCAAAAUGCAUGUACAUGUGCACAAACUCAUGCAGACUGUAGCUGUGUCAUGAAAAAAAAAGUAUAAAUGGAACAUGACAUCUAGCUCUGGCUCUUUAAUUAUGUUUUGGAAGCGUGAGAGUGAUUAGAAAUCAAGUGACAACGUAAAGUUGCUUGACAAAACAAUGGUCUCAAAUGUUCAGUCAUUUGGUCUGUUUGUAGAAAUCAGAUUGGAUUUAGGUGAUGUAAGAUAAUCGUACUGUACAGAUUUAUGCAGUAAAUCAAAUAAAAAAACUGUGUUUA